AUGACGAACCGGCAGCAAAAUGAGCAGGAAGUCAAAAUUGGCCGUGAACGAAUCGAAAAAAUGUCCGCCGAAGUUGUCGACUCAAACCCGUACAGCCGGCUAAUGGCUUUGCAGCGCAUGGGAAUCGUGAAGGAGUACGAGCAAGUGCGACAGAAAAGUGUGGCCGUCGUUGGUGUUGGCGGUGUGGGUAGCGUGACGGCGGAUAUGUUGACCCGGUGCGGUAUCGGCAAACUGCUACUGUUCGAUUACGACAAGGUGGAGCUGGCAAACAUGAAUCGGCUGUUCUUCACACCAGAUCAAGCAGGACUUUCAAAAGUGGAGGCCGCCGCAAAGACAUUAAAUUUCAUCAACCCUGACGUGGCAAUUACAACGCACAAUUACAACAUCACAACGGUAGAUAAUUUUGAUCGGUUUCUCGAUGCGAUCCGUACCGGCGGAAUAGAGAAGGAUGCACCCGUCGACUUGGUGCUUAGCUGUGUGGAUAAUUUUGAAGCACGUAUGGCUAUUAAUACGGCAUGCAACGAACUUAACCUGAACUGGUUCGAAUCGGGUGUGUCGGAAAAUGCCGUUUCCGGUCACAUACAGUUCAUACGGCCGGGCGAAACGGCAUGCUUUGCCUGUGCGCCACCGCUCGUUGUGGCGGAAAACAUCGACGAGAAGACACUGAAGCGGGAAGGCGUGUGUGCCGCUAGUCUACCGACCACGAUGGGCAUUGUGGCCGGAAUGCUAGUGCAGAACACGCUCAAGUAUUUGCUUCAUUUUGGCACCGUAUCGGACUAUCUCGGUUACAACGCGAUGAUCGAUUUCUUCCCCCGGAUGAGCCUCAAACCGAACCCAACGUGUGAUGAUCGGUUUUGUCUCGAGCGGCAACGGGAAUAUCAGGCCAAGCCACCGAGCGUGGUGGAUGCCGUGGUCGAACCAGAAGCGGAAGAACCACUGCACGAAGACAAUCUGUACGGCAUUGAGUUGGUUGAGGAUGACGACAUACCGGUGGUUGCCAGCGGAAGUAAGGCAGGCCUGGACGUUCAAAGUAACAUUGUGGAGGGUCUUAAGCUAGCGUACGAUGCGCCCGUUGUUGAGGAGAACUCACCUCAAGUAACGACUGAUGACGAUGUCAGCUUGGAUCAGUUGAUGGCACAGAUGUCCGGCAUGUGUAAGAAGGAGUGA